UGCAGCCGGCACUCUCUGCCAAGAAGGUGAAGAGACAAACAUUACUCUUAAAUGAGCCAAUGUUGGCAGAAUAUAAAUCUAUUGCUCCAGUCGAACAGCAGAUGCAGUCCAAAAACUGUAGGCAAACUUUGCUUUUGGCUGAACCAAUUGAAGAAGAAUGCAAUACAAAUAUAAAUUUAAAUCAUGUUGAGCCAAGGAAAUCAAGACAAACCUUGCUGCUAACUGAGCCCAUUGAGGAGGAUAUUGCAAAGUCUGAGGCGCAAAGCAGUCAGCAGAAGCACACAUCACUCUUUUCUAAUAUUAGCUUUGAAGAUUGCUUUAGGAGCACACCAAAUGAGGAAGAAGAACUGCAGCCGCAAGUUUCUAUCAAGCAGUUGAAGAGACAAACAUUUGCAGAAAAUAAAACUAUUGCUCCACCUGAACAGCAGAUGCAGCCAAAAUCUGCAAGGCAAACUUUGCUUUUGGCAGAACCAAUUGAAGAAGAACGCACUACAGAUUUAAAUUUGAAAGAAAAGCAAUUAAUAGAUGAGCCAAAGAAAUCAAGACAAACUUUGCUACUAACUGAGCCCAUUGAGGAGGAUAUUACAAAGUCUGAGCCGAAAAGCAGUCAGCAAAAGGAAACAGCAAUCUUUUCUAAUAUUAGCUUUGAAGAUUGUUUCAGGAGCACACCAAAUGAGGAAGAAGAAGUCUCUAUCAAGCAGGUGAAGAGACAUACAUUGGUUGAAAAUAAAACUAUUGCUCCACCUGAACAGCAAAUGCAGCCAAAAUAUUCUAGGCAAACUUUGCUCUUGACUGAACCAAUUGAAGAAGAACGCAACACUAAUUUAAAUUUGCAUCAUGAUGAACCAAGGAAAUCAAGGCAAACCUUGCUGCUAGCUGAACCAAUUGAAGAAGAUUUUAAUUUGUUACAAAUCAAGCAGGAAAUGAUUAAAAAGCCUUGCACUGAACCAAUUGAAGAAGAACGCAACACAAAUUUAAAUUUGAAACAUAAUGAGCCACGAAAAUCAAGACAAACGUUGUUGCUGGCCGAACCAAUGGAAGAAGAUUUGAAUUUGCUGCAAAAUGAGCCGGAAAUAAUGGAGAAGCCGCAGAGAUCAAGGCAAACACUGCUGUCAACUGAAGCAAUUGAAGAAGAACCAAAUGCAAAUUUAAGUUUUGAACAUGAGCAGAUGAAAGUCACAGAUGAGCCAAGAGUAUCAAGACAAACCAUGCUGCUGACCGAACCAAUUAAAGAAGAUUUGCAGACAAUGGUAGAUAAUCUGCAGAAAACUAGGCAAACUUUGCAUGAAUAUAAUGCAAUUGAAAUGGGUUUUUCAGUUUUGCAAGAUGUAAAUAUGCCACUUGAGGAUAAGAAGAAAAAAUCUAGAGUAACUUUACUACACAAUGAGCCCAUUCAUGAAGAAGUUAUAAGUACACAGCAAGAUUCCAUGGCAAAGUUUGAGGCUUCACAACAAACGCAAAGAGCAACGAUGUUUGGCAAGACCAUCAACGUAGAUUCAAGUCACUUGAGCAGCGAAUCAAUGCCAAGCGGUGUGAGCAGCAGCAUGGAAACUCAGGAGAUACAAACCAAAGAGCCAGAGCUGACAGCAAAACAAAUCUCAGCAAGAAAAACGCAACAUCAAGUGGAGCCCAUGGAGGAGGACAGCUACUAUCUGCCCGAGUAUAAGAUAACGCGAAAAACUUACUUUGCUAACGCUCCAAUUGAACUGGACGACAGCCCAAAGCCAGAGGCAAACAACAAGUCAGUGAAAAAACAAUUGCCAACAACCAACAAAUUGCGAGAGUCUCUGCUGCGACAGACUUGCAUAGAAAUUGAUGAUUCAGAUACGCAAAGUAGAACGCCAGUUAGGAAGCCAAUAUCAAAUUUCUUUCCCAUUACACCAGGCAUGUCAAUGACCGAAUUUGAGGGCUACGAAGCAGCUUUCGAUGAAAGCCACAGCAAAGCGUUGCCCAUGGAGACAAGCAGUUGUGACACGCCAGUAUCGCGGCCAAGGCAAAGUGUCAACAUCAAACGCUUGCCCACACAUCUAACGCCCAAUUUGCCAGAGGCUAAGAAACGUAGCAGCAAGCAGCCAUUGCCAAGCCAACUGCAGCUCGCAGAUGAUAAUACCUUACAAUUUGAGCUGAAGCCUGGCACAGCUAGCACCGAACUGGAUGGAACAGUGCAAAUGAUUCGAGCGGCAGCUGUGCCGCGCAAAUCCUUGUUCGAGGAUGGCCCCAUAACAAUCUCCGAUGUUGCUGAUCAUUUUGCUGCACAAGCCAACAACAAUUCAGGCACCAGCCGCAGCUCAACAGACUGCACAGCUCAUGACAAAUUUGUGAAUCUGGGCGGCGAUACUGUUAUAUUCUCAGCUGAGAAUACGCUUGCGCUGGACUCGCCAGAGGAGGAUAUAGACAAGACCAGAUUCAGCUUGGUCUCCAGCAUGGAGGAGGAGCAGGAACACACAACUGCAGAAGCAAGCAGCCAUAGCUUUGUCAUGGAGGCAGAGUCCUGUUUGGAGCUGCAAAGUAUGCCCAAUGAGCCAGGCGCUGUUGCUGUUGUUUGCAAAAAAUGUACAAACUGCAGACGCACCAUAGAAGCCAACGAAACCAUCAAGAUGGUGAACUAUAAGUUUGAUUUUGGCCUUGACGAAAUCAGACGCUUGGAGCAGCGUCGACGCAAUUUGCAAAAUCAUGUUGAAAACUAUUGGGAAAUGAAAUAUCUUGAAAUACAAAAUACAAAUGUGCAGCAUGAAACGACUGCGGAUUUAAAUUCAACUGCCGGCGUGGGCAACAAAACUUUGAGCAAGCAGCAAAAGCUGCAAAUGUUUUUGGAUAUGUUGCAGCCUCAACCCUUUGUACCUGUGCUCAGCUUUGCGAAGCGCUUAGAUGCAGCAAUUGAGCAGCAGGCGCCCAACUGGAUAUUCGAUCAUCAGCGCGCCUGCGAUCGCGUGUAUUUCUUUUCUCACACCAAGCUAUCAACAUUUCGCUUGCUUGUUAAAUACGAGCCUUUGAGCUAUGAAGAAAUAGACAUUAAAGUACGCAGCAUAGAAGCGCUGACUUGCAGCUUAGUGCCUCAAGAGCGUUGGAGUGUCUAUGAGCACUUUGAGGAUUUCGAAUUGCGACUGAAGCUGCCUUUGAAUCUUUGCCAGCUGCUGGACAGCAGCGAUGUCGAAGGCUUCAUUAAGCUGCUGCAGCAUAUAGACAAUGCUGCUGCGCAAGUCAAGUUACUCAGCAAACAGCUGUUCUCAACGCUAUUUUCAAUGCACGCAAGUCUAAUCAGAGAACCCAAUCGCAACAUUGUGCGCAAAACUAUAAGCAAAUUUGUUAUGGGUGAGGAAAUGGAAAUUAUGAGCAAUGUGCUUACUGAUUAUAAAAUAGAAAUUGGCAAUUUGGCGGAAACUUCGUUCAAGAAUAUUAUACAACCGCCAUUGCAUCAGUUAGAUGAGAAAAUACAAUUUCUACCCAAGGGCAUUGAGUUUUUGAAAGAGUUUUUAAAAACACCUGAAGACUUUAUUAAGCCUGGAGAAAUCGUGCCGAGCUAUCUGGCAGAUUAAACUGCCAAACAGCAUGUUGCUUACUUGUUAAUUAAAUAAUUUAUGAAGUCUGAAAUCACCUGAAGUAAUAAUAAUAUAGUUUGUUGGU